UAUGUGUUUUCUUAGAACAAGGAGCCAAGACUGAUUUCCACUCGAUAUUCCAAAUCACCUGCAUUUCUUCCCAUCCUCUCCUCCCAACGGGCAGCUCUAUUUAAGCCCAGCCGUGAUACGAGAGAAGACCCAGAAGCAGAAAGCAGGAGAAGUCACAGUGUUUGUACCUCCUGUUCGCUCGCGAUGUUGAAGUUACUCCUCCUAGCGGCCUUUGUCUUCUGCGGACACGGCCUGGAGGAAGAGUCGCUGGAAGGCAAUGGGCGCGUGGUGGGGGGGAGUAACGCCCCACGCGGCGCAUGGCCAUCGCAGAUCUCCCUGCAGUACCUCUCCGGGGGUCAGUGGCGUCACACCUGCGGGGGGACGCUGGUGAGGCCCAACUGGGUGAUGACGGCGGCUCACUGCGUGGACAGAUCCCUGACUUUCCGGGUGGUGGUCGGCGAGCACAACCUCAAUCAAAACGACGGCUCUGAGCAGUAUUUGAGCGUGGGAAGUAAAUUCAUCCACCACUAUUGGAACAGCAACAAUUUGGCUGCCGGCUACGACAUCGCCCUGCUCCGCCUCUCCCAGAGCGCAACUCUGAACAGCUACGUGCAGCUGGGCGUGCUGCCCGGCGCCAACGAAGUUCUGGCCAACAAUCAUCCCUGUUACAUCACCGGCUGGGGCUUGACCAGAACUAACGGGCAGCUGUCUGCAAUCCUGCAACAAGCCCCGCUUCCCGUGGUGUCUUACAGCAUCUGCUCCGGGGCUGCCUACUGGGGUUCCACCGUCAAGAACACCAUGGUGUGCGCCGGAGGCGACGGUGUCCAUUCUGGGUGCCAGGGUGAUUCUGGGGGCCCCCUGAACUGCCUGGUGGGCGGCAGAUACCAAGUCCACGGAGUGACCAGUUUUGUGUCCGCCUCGGGCUGCAACGUCUACCGGAAGCCCACGGUGUUCACCCGGGUGUCUGCCUACAUUUCCUGGAUCAACAACAUAAUCAACUCCAACUGAAGAGGCUCGGAGGGGGGGAGAGACAACAA